ACCACUCCAAGAGCCACGCGAAUUUUACGAACAGCUCAAGACACAAAUUCUUGCUGCGAAAGAACGCAUAUUUCUAUCUGCUUUGUACAUCGGUCCUGAAGAAAAGGAAUUGAUUGAAACUUUAAAAAUAUCUAUUAAAAAAUCAAGUAAACUUAAGGUUCAUAUAUUGCUUGAUUGCUUACGGGCCACACGAAGUGAUAAAUCACGAAACCCUGCAGAUCUUCUUGUACCAUUGGUCAAGGAGUUUCCUGAUCAAGUGACCGUGUCAUUUUAUCAUACACCUGAUCUGAAGGGAAUUUUAAAAAAAUUUCUUCCCUCAAGGUUCAAUGAAGGAAUAGGAUUGAUGCAUAUCAAGGCAUAUGGAUUCGAUGACAAUCUCAUUUUAAGCCAAUGGAAAAUAAUAAGAUAUUGGCAUAAAAGGCACACCUUUGAGCGGC